UUCCUCCCUGCUGUACCUUUCCUCGCCAUGCUCGCACGCUCUGUCAAGGCUGCGGUCGCCCUCCCGACUCGGUCGUUUGCCAACCGGACCUUUACCUCGUACUCGGCCAUCCUCGACAAGUUCCGCGUCGAGGCCGACACCUUUGGCGACCUCCAGGUCCCCUCCGACAAGUACUAUGGCGCCCAGACUCAGCGCUCGCUCCAGAACUUCGACAUCGGCGGGCCCUCGGAGCGCAUGCCGCCCCCGCUCAUCAAGGCCUUCGCCGUCCUCAAGCGCGCCGCCGCCGAGGUCAACAUGACGUACGGCCUCGACUCCAAGGUCGGCGAGGCCAUCAAGCAGGCUGCUGACGAGGUCAUCUCGGGCAAGGUCGGCCAGGAGCACUUCCCGCUCGUCGUCUUCCAGACUGGCUCGGGCACCCAGACCAACAUGAACGUCAACGAGGUCAUCUCGAACCGCGCCAUCGAGAUUCUCGGCGGCGAGCUCGGCUCGAAGAAGCCCGUGCACCCGAACGACCACGUCAACAUGUCGCAGUCGUCGAACGACACGUUCCCGACGGCCAUGCACGUCUCGGCCGUCGUCGAGAUCUCGAACUCGCUCAUCCCGGCGCUCGAGGAGCUCAAGGGCGCGCUGUACGCCAAGCAGCAGGAGUUUGAGAAGAUCAUCAAGAUCGGCCGCACCCACCUCCAGGACGCGACGCCGCUCACGCUCGGUCAGGAGUUCUCGGGCUACGUCCAGCAGCUCGAUAACUCGGUCGCGCGCAUCAAGGACGUCCUCCCGCGCCUGUCCAAGCUCGCCCAGGGCGGCACGGCUGUCGGCACCGGCCUCAACACGCGCAAGGGCUUUGACGUCGCCGUCGCGGCCAAGAUUGCCGAGAUCACGGGCCUGCCGUUCGAGACGGCGCCCAACAAGUUCGAGGCGCUCGCCGCGCACGACGCCGUCGUCGAGGCGUCGGGCGCGCUCAACACGGUCGCGUGCAGCCUCAACAAGAUCGCCAACGACAUCCGGUACCUCGGGUCGGGCCCGCGCUGCGGCCUCGGCGAGCUGUCGCUCCCGGAGAACGAGCCUGGCUCGUCCAUCAUGCCGGGCAAGGUCAACCCGACCCAGUGCGAGGCGCUCACCAUGGUCGCCGCCCAGGUCAUCGGCAACAACAUGGCCAUCUCGAUGGCGGGCGCGCAGGGCCAGUUCGAGCUCAACGUCUUCAAGCCGGUCAUGAUCAAGAACCUGCUCCAGUCGAUCCGCCUGCUCGCCGACGGCUCGCGGUCGUUCACCAAGAACUGCGUCGUCGGCAUCGUCGCCAACGAGGACCGCAUCUCGAAGCUCCUCAACGAGUCGCUCAUGCUCGUCACGUGCCUCAACUCGCGCAUCGGGUACGACAACGCGGCCAAGUGCGCCAAGAAGGCGCACAAGGAGGGCACGACGCUCAAGGAGGCGACGCUCGCCCUCGGCCUCCUCGAGUCGGACGAGUUCGACCGCCUCGUGCGCCCGGAGCUCAUGCUCGGCCCCUCGGACAAGUAGACGCUCCCGCCGUCCUCUAGACUCUCUUCUGCCACCUCCCUCCCCACCCGCGUCUCGUAUUCUCUCUCCCCUCGCAGUGCCACAAGGAAAAGCAGUUGGACCUCUC